AUGGACUGGCGCGCUUCCCCCGCCAACCUCACCAGCGCGGCCGACUUCUGGGCCCUCUGGCAAGCGGAGCACGAUGCGUUCGCCGCAGUCGCGCAAACCCAGGACGCGGCGCGGAGCGGAGUUGCCGCUCUCGCAUUGCUCGCAUGGGACAUUGUCACGACGAUGGACGACGAGGUUUCUCUGAUAUGGCCAUCGGCGUGGACGGUGCCCAAGGUUCUGUACCUAUUCGUGCGCUACUAUUCAUUGAUCGCUUUGAGGUGUCCUACACAUCGUGGGAUGGAAGGAGUGGUCCCCUGCGUCCCUUGGCUCAUCUUCGAGAUCAUGUCCGCGUCCGCCAUCGAGGCUGUGGUCCAGGUCAUCAUGAUCCUCCGUACACACGCGAUCUACAUGGGCUCCCCGAAAGCCCUGCGGGCCAUGGUUGUUGGCUUCGUCGUCGAGAUCGUUCUGAUGACUAUCAGCUUCGGGCUGAGCAUUCCUCACUUCGUCGGCGGAUUCUACUGCAAGGCGGCGGACCUGCCGGUGAUGAUGGUGCUCUACAGCACGGCCUCGAUCGUGUACGAGACGUUCCUCCUUGGGAUGAUGCUCCUCGGGGUUCUGCGGGGCGAGAAGGACGGGUACGCGAGCGCGACGCUGCUCGACGUCCUCGUGCGCGAUGGUACCAUCACAUUUGUGGGGAUAUUCAUGGUUAUGCUGCUCAACACCGUCCUCUUCACCCUUGCGCCCACAACACUCGUCACCCUCGGGAUUCCAUGGGUGCUCUCGAUCCUCGGGGUCGCUGGCCCCCGGCUGAUCCUCAACCUCCGCGUGCACAACCACGGCAUCUCCAGCGCCCGCGCCUCCGUCACCAGCGCCGCCUUCGCCCUCCCCAAGGGCCUCUACUCCGCGCUCGCCCUCGACGAC